AUGUCAGCUGUCAAUGACACCAAAUUCAACUCUGCAGUAUUCCUUCUCACCGGGAUACCUGGGCAGGAAGACGUCCAUCUCUGGAUUUCUAUCCCCUUCAGCUUAAUGUACAUUAUUUCGAUAGUAGGAAAUUCAGUCAUUCUGUUCAUUAUAAAAACAGAUCCAAGCCUCCAUGAGCCCAUGUACAUUUUCCUUUCCAUGUUGGCCGUCACAGACCUUGGCUUAUCAAUAGCCACCAUGCCAACAAUCUUGGGCAUAUACUUGUUUAACUCUAGGGAGAUCAGCCUUAAUGCCUGUUUUGCCCAGCUGUUCUUCAUCCACUUUCUUGCAAAAAUUGAAUCCUCCGUGCUCGUGUUGAUGGCCUUUGACCGCUUCAUUGCAAUCUGUAACCCACUGAGAUAUGCUUCCAUCUUAACCCUGCCGAGAAUAGUCAAGAUGGGGUUGGGGUUUGUGGUAAGAGGGGUGGCUGUAGCAUUACCAUUCCCCUUUCUCCUGAAACGGUUGCGAUACUGUCGAGCCAAUGUCCUCUCCCAUUCCUACUGCCUGCACCAGGAGGUCAUGAAGGCAGCUUGUUUGGACAUCUCCGUCAACACCAUCUAUGGCUUGUCUAUGGCAAUCUUCACAGUGGGGUUGGACUCGCUGCUCAUCUUCCUCUCUUAUGUGAUGAUCCUCAAAACAGUGCUGAGCAUCACAUCCCACACGGAGUGCCUCAGGGCCCUGAACACCUGCGUCGCCCACCUCUGCGCCGUCCUGCUCUUCUUCAUACCAGACAUUGGCCUGGCUGUGAUACAUAGAUUCGGGAAUAGCUCUUCUCACUUACUUAAGAUUCUCCUGGGAUACGUCUACCUGCUGGUUCCUCCCCUGAUAAAUCCAAUUGUGUACAGCGUGAAAAGCAAACAUCUUCGUGCGAGGAUAAUUAGGGUGUUCGUCAAGUGA